AUGGGCAUAACUACUCCACUUGCUAUCUCUUUGCAGACCAUUCUAGCAAUUGAGUCCGCUGUUGCCUUUUUAGGAAAUGGAUUUAUCCUAGUUGUGAAUGGGCACCGAUGGCUCCAAAACAGGAAGAUGGCCCCUUGCGACUUUCUCUUGACCAGUUUGAGCACCUCCAGAAUUAUGUUGCAGCUGACCAUGCUGACAAAUAAAAUUCUGUACUGCAACUCUGCAGAGAGCGAUAUGCGUGCAUAUGGACGAGAUAUUGGCACAUUUCUCUGGAUAUCUCUCAGCAACGUCAGCCUCUGGUGUGCCGCAUGGCUCAAUGUCCUCUACUGUGUGAAGGUCACCAACUUCCCCCAUCGCCUGUUCCUCUGGCUGAAGCUAAGGAUCGAUGUACUUGCACCCAGACUGCUUGGAAUGGUGAUAAUAACUCUCAUGCUCUUCUCUGUUCCUCCAACCAUUCUUUAUUUUGAAAACAAGAAGCCCUGCAAUCUCUCUGGAACUCUGACAAGGAAUGCCAGUCUCAGCAAAGUUUGCCAAAAACCAUUCUUCAUCUUUAGAACUCUCCAGUUAUGUUCUUUAUGCAUGAAUUUCAUUCUCAGUGUAACGGCAUCCAUGGUUUUGCUCAUCUCUCUUUCGAGGCACAGAAGGAAUCUCAGAAAGAGUGGCGCUGUCAUUAAGGACCUCAGCACUCAGGUCUAUCUCAAUGUCAUGAAGUCUUUUUUGUUCUCUCUGCUCGUUGACAUGACGUACUUUCCUGCUUUAAUCAUUCCUGUAGGCGAUUUUUUCAGGUAUGGCACAUAUGGCAAUUUAGGUUUUGUGAUAAUGCUGUCUGCAAUCCCUUCAGCACAUACCAUAAUCUUAAUAUUGUCCAAUCCCAAACUGAAAGAAAUCUUAUUGCGCAUACUAAACAUCAGACGUGUGGCUUCAUAA